GGUAAAAGAUACAUACAGAUAAGUAAAGGAAAAAAGGAAAAUAUAAGAAGUUGCAUUUUCUUUUUAAUAUUUUUUUUUUUUUAUUUUUCAUUUCCACUUGGUUGGAUGUGUUGGCUGGGUGGUAUACAUGUAUCUUCUUUUUCUUUUCUCAUAUAACUCUGUCUUUCCCUUUCCAAGUACACACAUUGAAUUGAGUUGAAUAUUUUGUGGUAGUGGUGGUGAUGGAGGUGGUGAUUGUGGUGGUAGUAAUAGUAGUUGGUAGUAGUAGUGGUAGUGUUCUCAUGCCGGUUGAGACGCUCUCGGUAACCCGGAGAGAUUCCCCGAGAGAUGUAAACUUGGCCGGAAUAGAACUCUCAAUAGAACUUGCGCCAGCUUCUUUAAAGCCACAUGUAUCUAUCUAGUUUUAUUUUAUUUUUUUUAUUAUCAAUCUGUCUGUGUAAUGGUUAAGUAAAUAAUAAUAUUUAUUUUAAUUAAUUUUCGGAGUAAUGUAAAUUAUUUUUUAUCAAAAAUUAAUCAGUUUAAUCAAGUGAUAUUAAUCAAAUUAAAAAACUAAGUGAAUAUUGUAAAUAAACAAUAGUGCUUUUGUGUUGUAUUAAAAAAAAAAAUAACAAAAGUUACACGUAGCUUGAUAAAAAAAAAUAAAAUAAAAUUCUUCAUUAGAUUAAAAGCAAACGAAAAACACGAAAAAGAUAAAAGAUAUAUAUUUAAAAAGUUUUUUUAUAAAAAAUAUAAAAAAAAAAAAAAAUAAAAAUAUCUGACAGAGAGGCGUUUGACUGGUUGGAUCUACAGACUGCUGGAUCAAUUGACCGAAUGCGCUUGUGUCUCGCACAUGGAUCUAUCGACUGACGGGCGUGUGUGGGCACCACGUCUGGCCAAUGUCCCGGACGUUAUUUUAUUAUUAUUAAAAAUUCAAAUAUCAAACUUGAAAAGUUUAUUAUAAUCAAGUGAUAAUCAUCAAUUUGAAUUAUUUAUCAAAUAAAUAAAUAACAAUUUAACAAUUAUUUAAAUUUUUCAACUUGACAGAGUGCUAUAAUUCAAAAGAGAAUAGAAAAAAUAUAUAUAGAUAAAAAAUCACAAUGCUUCACAGUUUCUCGAGCGGAGGCUCCAGAUGUGCUCGACGUGGUCUAGUAUUCGUGUUCAUUUGGGGCCUCGUAAUGAUUGGUGCAUUGCAAUAUCGACGAGUUGAAAAUGAAGUAUUACAACAUGAUAAUCCAACAAUGAAUGAUGAAAAUUAUCCAACAGCUGGUUCAUGGGAUCAUUCAUUAGAUAUAUCAUCAGCAUCAUCAUCAUCAUCAUCACAAAUUAAUAAUGAACAAUGGCAAACAAGUGAAUUAACAAAUGACCAAAAAAAUUUACCACUAGAUUAUAAAAGUAUAAAAAAUUUGAGUAAUAAAUUAUUAUUAUUAAAUCAACGUGAGCCAUUACUUGAUAAAAGUCCACCAAAAACCGAGAAUGAAUUAAUAAAAGAAAUUGAAAAACGUUUACCAAGUUUACCAAUAUCAUACUGGAUGAAAAAUAAUGAUUUAGUAAAAUCAAAAAAUCAAAAUGACAAUAAUAUUAAAUCAUCAAAUUGUGUACCACAUUAUCCAAGUAUAUUUGAUCUUGAAUUUAAUAAUAUUUAUUGGCAAACAUUAAAAAGUAGUAAUGGUACAUUUCAGCUAUUUGGUGCUUACUAUGAUAAUAGAAAAUUAUCACGUAUUGGACCAGCAAUAAGGAUUGUUGGUAUGAUUGAUAGAAUUGAGCCAAAAAUAAAAACAUAUUGUCAAUUAUGGUAUGAUGGUGAACGUGAACCAAAAAUAGUUGAUAUAUUUGAAUAUAAAUAUAUAUGGUUUUCAAAAUGGGGUAAUUAUAAACAAGGUAUUUAUCAGCCAUAUGUUAUUGCAUGUAAAGUACCACAAUCACAUUGGUCAAAAGGACCACCAGCAUCAAUAUCACUUGUUGAAAAACCAUGUAAUACAGCAACAAAUAAUUUACGUGUUAUAUAUAAUCGUCCAUUAAAAAAAAAAGAAUUUGCUGUAUGUGUUAAAGGUUUAGAUUUUUUACAUGAAGAUUUAUCAGUUAAAUUAACUGAAUGGAUUGAAUUAAUAACAAUGCUUGGUGCUGAUAAAAUAUAUUUUUAUGAACUUCAAGUACAUCCAAAUGUAACAAAAGUACUUAAUUAUUAUGAAAAAUUAGGUAAAAUUGAAGUAACACCAUUAACAUUACCUGGUGGACAACCAAAUGUACCAGCAUUUCAACAUAUAUAUUUAACUAAAAAAACAAAUCAUAAAAGACAAAAUGAAUUAAUACCAUAUAAUGAUUGUCUUUAUAAACAUAUGUAUGAAUAUGAAUAUAUUGCAUUACUUGAUAUUGACGAAGUUAUAAUGCCAGUACAAGAUAAUACAUGGAGUGAACUUAUGAGACGUGUUUUACCCAAGGCCCUGAGUAUACGAAAUGAGACUCGUGCAUCGUAUAACGUAAGAAAUGUAUACUUUCUCGAUGACCUUCUACAUUCACAUGGAUCCUUUGACCACGUGCCGAGAUAUAUGCACAUGCUUCAACACGUUUAUAGAUCAAAGAAUUUUACAAAACCAAAUCAAUAUGUUAAAUGUUUUCAUAAUCCAGAACGUGUUGUUACACUUCAUAAUCAUUUUCCACUUGCUUGUCUUGGUGCUGGAUGUACAAGUUAUCCAAUUGAUACUGAAGAUGCACAAUUACAACAUUAUCGAGCUGAUUGUGUUAAAUCAUUAAAAAAAUCAUGUUUACAAUAUCGUGAAAAUAGUGUUAUGGAUACAACUAUUUGGCGAUACAAGGACAAACUUGUUGAGCGUGUCACCAAGACACUCGAGACCCUGGGUUUUUUUGGACCAGGAUAAAUUAAAAGUGGAAAAAAAACAACAACAAAUAAACCAGUUCAAUUCCAACUUUCUUAAUCGUUGGAUUUUUAUUAUUUUUAAUAUGUUUUUUUUUAUUUUUUUUUCAAUUUUAUAUCCUUGUUCCGAGGAAUUGGAACUUGAUUCCCUGGAACGACGAUGGCAUACAUAUUUUUAAUUGAAAAAAAUAAUAAAAUAAUUUUUUUUUUUUUUCUAUUUAAACUGAUUGAGCGUGAUGUUUUAUUUUUUUUUAAUUUUUCAUCGCUUGUUUUAGCAAUGAUAA